UCAAGUGGAAGGACGAGGUUUAUUCCAAUGCCUGAGAUCCCAGCUUCUGUCUCUUGGCUUUGGACUCAGGUCUCAACAUGUUGGGAGAACCUGACAACAAUGUCUAUUUGUCUCAUACUAUUUGCCCUGGCCUUGCUGCUGGAUUACAUGAAGCGGAAAAAGAAAUGUAAUCGCUGUCCACCGGGACCCGCCCCUCUGCCUUUCAUUGGAAACAUCCUCUGGUUUAAUAGAAAAAAUCCAAGUGAAUCUUUCCUACAAGUGGAGAAAAUGUUUGGACCCAUCUUCUUAGUCCAGGCGGGCUGGCAAAACUUUGUUAUAAUAAAUGGGUUCAAGUUAGUAAAGGAGGCACUGGGAUCAAAAGCUGAGGACUUCAUUGAGAGGCCGGCACUCCCAUUAUUAUCUUUAGUAGGUCGUACAAAAAAGUAUGAAGGCAUCAUUUUGGCAACUUCGCACAGUGGCUGGAAGGAGCAAAAGAGAUUUUGUGUUUCCGCUCUUAAAAACUUUGGAAUGGGGAAGAAAACACUUGAGAAGAAAGUGUGUGAAGAAGCUUGGUAUUUGUGCUCUGAGCUGACAUCUAAAGAAGGCUCUCCUUUUGACCCCAAAAUUGCAAUCUUUAAGGCAACUGGCAAUAUUAUUAGCAUAUUAGCAUUUGGCGAUCGCUUUGAAUACCAUGAUGAAACCUUCCUGAAGCUGAUCCAUGGGACAGAAGAAAUACUGAAGGGUAUAAUGAGGAUGGUGCCUGAGUUUGUGUUUGUAAGACCAUGGUUCUCGUAUCUCCCUGGACCUCAUCAGAAAAUCAAGAAAGGUUAUGAUAGUUUCACCACUGUCUUAAAAAAUAUGGUGGAUGAACAUAAGAAAACCAGAGAUCCCGCUUUUCCCAGAGACCUAAUUGAUGCGUUUUUGGAGGAGAUAGAAAAG